CACUGUCACACUGACCAGUACAACUGGGACCACCAUAAUGAGCAAUACAGAGACCGCCACCGUGUCUGCGAGCGCCACAGUGAUCUCUACAACGACCGUGACGAGCACAGAAACCACGUCAGUGACCAGCGCCAGUAUGACCACUGUUUCGGAAAGCUCCACUGUCACACUAACCAGUGCAAGUGGGACCACCACAAUGAGCAAUACCGAGACCACCACCGUGUCUGCGAGCGCCGUAGUGAUCUCUACAACGACCGUGGCGAGCACAGAAACCACGUCAGUGACAAGCGCCAAUAUGACCACCAUCUCCGAGAGCGACACUGUCACGUUGACAAGCACCAGUGCAACCAGUUCUUCUUCUGGCUCCAUGACGGUGACCAGCACCACAGAGACCACGGGGAGCACCACCGAGAGUUCCACUAUUUCGACUGGGACGAGCACAGUCACCACCCUAGCAACCAGCUCUAGUAUGACCACUGUUUCGGAAAGCUCCACUGUCACACUGACCAGUGCAACUGGGACCACCACAAUGAGCAUGAGCGCAACCAGUUCUUCUUCUGGCUCCGUGACGGUGACCAGCACCACAGAGAACACCACGGGGAGCACCACCGAGAGUUCUACCGUUUCGAUUGGGACGAGCGCAGGCACCACCACUGCGACCAGCACCAGUAUGACCACUGUUUCGGAAAGCUCCACUGUCACACUAACCAGUGCAAGUGGGACCACCACAAUGAGCAAUACCGAGACCACCACCGUGUCUGCGAGCGCCGUAGUGAUCUCUACAACGACCGUGGCGAGCACAGAAACCACGUCAAUCACCAGCGCCAGUAUGACGACCAUUUCCGAGAGCGACACGGUCACGUUGACAAGCACCAGUGCAACCAGUUCUUCUUCUGGCUCCAUGACGGUGACCAGCACCACAGAGACCACGGGGAGCACCACCGAGAGUUCCACUAUUUCGACUGGGACGAGCACAGUCACCACCCUAGCAACCAGCUCUAGUAUGACCACUGUUUCGGAAAGCUCCACUGUCACACUGACCAGUGCAACUGGGACCACCACAAUGAGCAUGAGCGCAACCAGUUCUUCUUCUGGCUCCGUGACGGUGACCAGCACCACAGAGAACACCACGGGGAGCACCACCGAGAGUUCUACCGUUUCGAUUGGGACGAGCGCAGGCACCACCACUGCGACCAGCACCAGUAUGACCACUGUUUCGGAAAGCUCCACUGUCACACUAACCAGUGCAAGUGGGACCACCACAAUGAGCAAUACCGAGACCACCACCGUGUCUGCGAGCGCCGUAGUGAUCUCUACAACGACCGUGGCGAGCACAGAAACCACGUCAAUCACCAGCGCCAGUAUGACGACCAUUUCCGAGAGCGACACGGUCACGUUGACAAGCACCAGUGCAACCAGUUCUUCUUCUGGCUCCAUGACGGUGACCAGCACCACAGAGACCACGGGGAGCACCACCGAGAGUUCCACUAUUUCGACUGGGACGAGCACAGUCACCACCCUAGCAACCAGCUCUAUAUGACCACUGUUUCGGAAAGCUCCACUGUCACACUAACCAGUGCAAGUGGGACCACCACAAUGAGCAAUACCGAGACCACCACCGUGUCUGCGAGCGCCGUAGUGAUCUCUACAACGACCGUGGCGAGCACAGAAACCACGUCAAUCACCAGCGCCAGUAUGACGACCAUUUCCGAGAUUCCACUAUUUCGACUGGGACGAGCACAGUCACCACCCUAGCAACCAGCUCUAGUAUGACCACUGUUUCGGAAAGCUCCACUGUCACACUGACCAGUGCAACUGGGACCACCACAAUGAGCAUGAGCGCAACCAGUUCUUCUUCUGGCUCCGUGACGGUGACCAGCACCACAGAGAACACCACGGGGAGCACCACCGAGAGUUCUACCGUUUCGAUUGGGACGAGCGCAGGCACCACCACUGCGACCAGCACCAGUAUGACCACUGUUUCGGAAAGCUCCACUGUCACACUAACCAGUGCAAGUGGGACCACCACAAUGAGCAAUACCGAGACCACCACCGUGUCUGCGAGCGCCGUAGUGAUCUCUACAACGACCGUGGCGAGCACAGAAACCACGUCAAUCACCAGCGCCAGUAUGACGACCAUUUCCGAGAGCGACACGGUCACGUUGACAAGCACCAGUGCAACCAGUUCUUCUUCUGGCUCCAUGACGGUGACCAGCACCACAGAGACCACGGGGAGCACCACCGAGAGUUCCACUAUUUCGACUGGGACGAGCACAGUCACCACCCUAGCAACCAGCUCUAGUAUGACCACUGUUUCGGAAAGCUCCACUGUCACACUGACCAGUGCAACUGGGACCACCACAGUGAGCAUGAGCGCAACCAGUUCUUCUUCUGGCUCCGUGACGGUGACCAGCACCACAGAGAACACCACGGGGAGCACCACCGAGAGUUCUACCGUUUCGAUUGGGACGAGCGCAGGCACCACCAUUGCGACCAGCACCAGUAUGACCACUGUUUCGGAAAGCUCCACUGUCACACUAACCAGUGCAAGUGGGACCACCACAAUGAGCAAUACCGAGACCACCACCGUGUCUGCGAGCGCCGUAGUGAUCUCUACAACGACCGUGGCGAGCACAGAAACCACGUCAGUGACAAGCGCCAGUAUGACCACCAUCUCCGAGAGCGACACUGUCACGUUGACAAGCACCAGUGCAACCAGUUCUUCUUCUGGCUCCAUGACGGUGACCAGCACCACAGAGACCACGGGGAGCACCACCGAGAGUUCCACUAUUUCGACUGGGACGAGCACAGUCACCACCCUAGCAACCAGCUCUAGUAUGACCACUGUUUCGGAAAGCUCCACUGUCACACUGACCAGUGCAACUGGGACCACCACAAUGAGCACGAGCGCAACCAGUUCUUCUUCUGGCUCCGUGACGGUGACCAGCACCACAGAGAACACCACGGGGAGCACCACCGAGAGUUCCACAAUUUCGACUGGGACGAGCACAGUCACCACCGUUGCGACCAGCGCCAGUAUGACCACUGUUUCGGAAAGCUCCACUGUCACACUAACCAGUGCAAGUUGGACCACCACAAUGAGCAAAACAGAGACCGCCACCGUGUCUGCGAGCGCCACAGUGUUCUCUACAACGACCGUGACGAGCACAGAAACCACGUCAAUCACCAGCGCCAGUACUUCCAGCACCAGGCUCACACUCACCAGUGUUACUGGGACCGUGACAGGCUCAGACACGACCGCCACGACCAGCGCCAGUAUGAGCAGUAUGAUCACGCACACGGUGACGACAGUGAGUGUUACGGCGACCACCGUCUCGCUCACGAGCGCAAGCAGCAUGUCUUCAGGCUCCAUGACCGCUAGCAGUAGCACCAGUGUGACUAGAACGACCGAACGCAGCAUCAGUGCGACGACUAACACCAGCACCCUUACGAGUACCAGCGAGACGAGUUCCCCGGAAAGCUCGAUGGCAGUGACCAGUGCCAGUGACACCACCGAGAGCACAACCGAAAGUUCGAACACAUUGACCGUGACGAGCACAACCACCACCACAGCGACCAGCGCCAGUGCAACCAGCAUCUCCGAAAGUUCUACCAUCACCAUUACCAGCUCCAGUGCAACCCAGACCACCACUGCGACCACCGCCACCCUCACUACGACCACUACAAGCACCAGUGCAACUAGGACGAGGACCACUUCAAGCACAAGCGGCACUUCGACGACGAGUAUUUCAGAGACAGCGAGCAGCAGCACAACGCGGACAGCCACGACAGGGUCAUUCAGCAUUACGAUUAGCAGCACCAGUACGCUAAGCAGCACUACGACGCCGCACACCACGACGGCAUCGUCAAUGAGUAGCACGAGUGGUACAAGUAGCACGUCAGCAUCAUUGACCACCGUCACUCUCACUACGACCAGCACCAGCGCCAGUGCAACGAGCACCUCUGCUCCAGUGUGA